UCGUUUUGUGUUGCAUAGGUGUGUUGUUGUGAGCCGCUUUAAAUGAAAGAAGACAUAUAUCCCAGCGUGCACUACUGCUGUUAUGUCCGACGUUACCAAACCAAACUAAGCAGACUGUGAUGCUGUAAGUGAUUUUUUCGGCAGUGAAUCAGACACAGAUAUCAGGCAGAUACUGUGUUUCCUUUACCCUCCUCCAGGAUGAGCGGCAUGCGCACCUUCCUGAGCGCCAGCGGGAUGGUCGCGGUAGUGGGGCUCGGCUAUGGGAUGUGGUCUAUCAUAUCUCCAGGAGAAGAGCAACGGAGAGAGCUCAUCAAGAAUCUGCCUGAAUCGAACCCAAAGAGAAUGGAAGAGACGAGGAAGAGGAACGCUCUGGUGAUGCAGGCACUCAAGGAGGCGGCUGAAACCGACGAGAAUAUUGCAAGAGGACCUGCGAGAUAGACAGGCUCAGCUCUGUAACCUGUUUGGGAAGUCUCCGUGUAUUGAAUGCUGCUGGCAUGCAGGGCCACAACCUGUUUUAAUAAAGAUGGACAUUUUAUUAUUCUAUAGGGAGAUAGUUGUCUAAUUUUCACCUCUAAUGUCUUCAUUGUAUGUGAAAACCAAUACCAUUGGAUGUCGAGAUUAUUUAUUAAAACUCUCCAAAGACAA